AGGAAAAAAAGAACGAACAGAUCAGCAGCCGCCCCUUCCUCUUCUUUUCCCAUCGCCGGCCGGCGCCACUCCAGCCAAGCCAUCCGCCGCCCCCCUCCUCUCCUCCUCCUCCUCCUCCUUCUCCUCCUCUCUCUCUCUCUCUCUCCAGAUUGCAGUGAUCCUUGAUAUUGUAAGUGGCAAUCAGAAGACCAUGAUUGUGGUGGAAAAUCUCAGUUUCUGCUUGGUCCAAGCAUGCCCAAUUGACAACCGGUCAAAAAGAGUGUACCGAUUUCGCUCUUACCAUAUCUUGUCCAAGUCGAGUCGAGUCUCAAACUUCAACACAACGGAGGCCAUAUUGAUAACCUGUGAACACAAAAGAAGGUGCAAGUGUUUUGAUCUCUCCAAAGAGCUAGUACCAUAUCGUGAGGCAUGGUCUUGGCAAAAGUCAAUUGUUAAGGAGAGGAAGGCAUUGAUUGAAUUGAAUCAAGAUUUUUCAGACACAUUGAUUGUUUUACAACACCACCCUGUUUAUACCUUGGGCACUGGUAGUUCAAAAGAGUACUUGAAUUUUGACAUAAAUGAUGCCCCUUUUGAUAUUUAUCGAACUGAACGUGGUGGUGAAGUUACAUACCAUGGUCCUGGUCAGCUAGUAAUGUACCCUAUCAUCAAUCUACGCUAUCACAAGAUGGAUCUACAUUGGUACCUCAGUCGACUUGAAGAGGUGGUAAUUCGUGUUCUUUCCUCAAUGUUUUCUAUCAAUGCUUCCCGGAUUGAGGGUCUGACGGGUGUUUGGGUUGGCAAUCAGAAAUUAGCAGCAAUUGGGAUACGAGUAUCGCAGUGGAUAGCAUAUCAUGGCUUAGCACUGAAUGUCACCACUGAUCUCACUCCCUUUCAACGGAUAGUUCCAUGUGGGAUACGGGAUCGUCGGGUUGGAAGCAUAAAAGAACUGCUGAUAGAAUAUUUGUUGUCCAAUCAAUCGGGAAUACAGUAUGCUGAUGAUUGCAAAAUGAUUGAUAUCACUUGCAAAUCUUUGGUCAAAGAGUUUUCUGAAGUUUUUCAAGUUGAAAUCCACCACAAACCAAUCCCAUCAUUGGAGUUCUGAAAGGGGGAACCAUCAUCAACUUUGCUUAAUGCAAACUUACGUAGUGAGAAACCAAUCACAGUUUGUUUGAAUAAUUUCAGGCAGAGAAAUGAUUGUCUGAUGAUACUGUUAAAUUUUUCCAUGGUCUUAUGUAUCCAUAAACUUCUAGUGGUCUGCAUUGCAAAACAACCCACCUGGUUUGUAUUUCUUAUAUUUAUCCUGAAUAUGUAAUUUCUUUUUAUUGUGUACUUUCAGAAUUUAAUUACUCUGAUUCAAAAAUGUUUUCCGAAAGAGAUUAAAGAA